AGCACCUCAACCUGGGGUAAAGAGCCACUCACACUUCACGCCCCUUCUUCGUUUCUAUUGUACAGGUUCUUUCCAUUUUAGCAGUCCUUCCCUCGCAUUUUUUUGCAGCUUUUAAUCCUCCGUCUUCCUCCCAUCGGUUUCCUCCUCUUCUUUCUCUCUUCUCUUCACACACUCCAUCCAUUUUAGGACACAGAAACUGAAAAGUCAUUACCAUCACGACUUGUCUUAAAAACUGCCUUACAUCUACUUACUACACCUCAUUAUAUCCAACCUCUCGUCUUCACCUUCACGUAUCUUGCCCUCGUGCCUCGUCCUGGCCGCAUCCAUCGCGUUCUUCUACUGCUUCUCUCCAUCUCAUCGUCGCUCAUCAGGCUCCAUCUCGCCGACGUCGUCCUCACCUCUUCUCUUGAGCGAACUCAUCAUCACCGCGUGUCCGGGAGACUACGCUAUAGAUGGUUUGUGACAACACUGACUACUAACCUUGCAAACAUUCCCAGUUUCCCAUCACAGAUCAGAACAGAACAGAAAACGCUUUUCAAAAUGUCGUACUUCAGCUCUCAGUUCUCUUCCUCUCCCGUCCUUACCAUGUCUCCCCAACAUGCCCACCAGUCUAUGGGUAUGGCAAGCUUCGGACACCACACACCACCCAGAUUUGCACCUAUGCCAAGCCAGUUUGCUGCUCAGCCUGUUCGACCUUCCGCAGCUGGUAGAAAGCGUUCCCGGGACGAGGCCUCUGAAAACCUUGAGCCUGACAUGAAGUCCCUGCCCGUUGAAGAGCCUGAAGAGGAAUGGAUCUAUGGCCCUGGCAUGACCCUCAUCAAGAAGAGCACUCGCUACGUCACAGACGCCAGCAGUCAAUCCGGCACCUGGGUUGAGGAGAAGAAGGCUGCUGAAGAGGCCGCCAUCAAGGAGGCGCGCUCUUUGAUCAGAAACCCCAAGCUGCAGCGCGUGUCGCCCACUUUAUCCAGCGCACCUGCAGCCAGCACUUCUCCCCUCCAGUCUGAAGUCAAGCCUGCUAUUGAGGGUCCCAUUGUCGAUAACUUCACUCUGCACCUCGGCAUUGGCUGGCGAAGAAUCAGUGAAGAAGAGCACAUCCAAGCCGCUGCUCGUGGUUGGGCUCGGUAUAUCGAGAACCAUUUCCCUGUCUCCAAUGCUCGAAUCCUUCUUGAGAGCAACGGUCUUCAGUCGUAUCUUGUGGAGACCAACGAGGGCUUCUUUCUAUUUGCCGAGAACCUUCGACAAGGCCAACUUGUCAGCCAGAAUGCCGAGGGCGCACUCCGAAAUCUUCAAUGCUCUCCUCCUAUCUUUGACGGAAUGGAGGUCCUUUCAGCAGCCGAAUCACCGCGACCAACCAACGCCGUCCCUGAUAUGGACAUGAGAAUGGACUAGAGAACCCUCGUCCGGAAACAUUUCAAAGCUUCUUCUUUAUGCAUCUUGUACUUGCUAUUUACGGAGUUACGUGAUUGCCAUGCCUAUGGACUGGGAAUGGGAAUGGGACAGGAGCCUUGGGAUGGACGGGAAAGAAAGGCUACCGAGAGCGAAUGCCAUAGACCGGAUAGUCAUGGCUUGAUAUCAUUUGAUUGCAAUUUACACCAUCGAACGACAACUUGCUUGGUCUUAAAAAGUGCAUCUAUUGUGAAUUGUGGCGUAAUUUUCGCGAGCAAGACAAUAAUUACGACGCGACACCCUUGGCCUGGCUGCGGGCUCGGGCUCGGGCUAUCGCAAGGAACCUUAGCGUGCGGGUACACGUGCAGUGAGUAAGGUAAGUAAGCAUCAUGGGCGUCAGGAUUGGAAAGGGCCGGUUUGAAGCCAAGAAAGAAUCCAAUUAAAGGAGGAUGGGUUUUGGGUUUCCUCGUAUAGUACGUACGAUGUGGGUACAUGGCAUUGUGCCUGAGAUGCUGGAAGCGAAGCACCGGCCGCUAAUGCAACACAAACAAGUGCUGUACUCAUCCAACAAAUGAUGGCUAACUAAUGCAGUCCAUGAAGUGGCUUGAAUAGGUAGUCAAGUCACUUGAUGAACUGCAAUAGAGCCAAUGCCUUGCCUUGGACCUACAGCUCUUCUCAUGCGGCUCAGGCUAAUUCAGUGGUUAUUUAUUUAUACAUGAAAAGUAACAAUGUUGCUCUAUAAUUUAGUACGUGGCGUAUCGUAUGCAUUGACUUUCACGGCAGCCAACACUUGAGAUUUCAAUGAGAA